CAAGUGGAAGCAACGCUGGAUAGACGUACUUUUGCUGAACUAUAUAUAGGCUUAAGUUUUUGUUCAUCUUUACUUUUGGAAAAUUCACAUUUUCACUUUGGUAUGUGAUUGCCUAUUCACUAAUGUGCCACUUGUCCCAAUGGAAAGGGGGUUUCAGCUUGGAAAUGUGGGCAAAUCCCUGGUGCUACUGUUGUUAUUGAGAGCGCUAACAGGGACUUCGAAAACUCACUCCCUAACUGGGAGAGACCUCGAAACGGCUCCUACUCUCAGCCCAGAAACAACAGAAGAUGUUGGCGUUAUGGAGCGAGGCCUGGAGAGCGUUGUGGCCAUGGGCAUCGGGGACGUGACAGUGGAGGACGACGAGAAUGGCUCGGCUGGAGAGAGCGAGGAACCGUCUGGAGGCAGCGACGAAAACGUCCAGCACCCCAAGAGGUCCCUGGUGAUCAUCAGCACGUUGGAUGGUAGGAUUUCAGCUCUGGAUCCUCUGAACCACGGUCGCAAACAGUGGGACCUCGAUGUGGGCUCUGGCUCCCUGGUUUCAUCCAGCCUCAGCAAGCCAGAGGUGUUUGGCAAUAAGAUGCUCAUCCCGUCUCUGGACGGAGCACUUUUCCAGUGGAAUCGUGACAGGGAAAGCAUGGAAGCUGUACCAUUCAACGUGGAGUCGUUGCUGGACUCUUCCUAUCGCAUCGGAGAGGACACAGUGCUGGUUGGCGGCAAGUCCCUCACUACUUAUGGCCUCGGAGCAUAUAGCGGAAAGCUGAGGUAUAUCUGUUCAGCCAUGGGCUGUAGUCGGUGGGGAGAAGAAGAGUCUGAACCAGAGGAUGUGCUGUUACUCCAGCGGACGCAGAAAACCGUGAGAGCCGUGCGACCGCGCAGCGGCUUCGAGAAAUGGAACUUUAGCGUAGGGAACUUUGAAUUGAAAUUUGUCCCGGAGACCCAGUCAAACAUGAAUUUCCUGGAGGGGGAGACGGCCAGCGGGGGAACGCGUUACGACGUCAAGCGCGACGGACAGAACGUGAUCCUGGAGGACGGCGACACCCAGGCAAACACGCACGCCAACGCAGACGCACACGUCCCGUCGGACAACCUGGACCUGGUCAUCAAGGUGUCUGUUCCCGACUGGAAGGUCAUGGCCUUUAGCAACAAGCCUGGAGGACAACUGGUCUGGGAACACCAGUUUUGCACGCCGAUCGCCUCGGCCUGGUUGGUCGGUGGUGGAAGCGUCACGCCCAUCAGCCUCUUCGAUGACACGUCAUACACGGCACACCCAGACACGGAACCUCAGGACGAGGAUGACAUCAUGGAGGAGGCUCGAGGAGCAACAGAAUCGAGUGUUUACCUUGGUAUGUUUCAGGGUCAGCUGUACCUUCAGUCCUCAGUUAAAAUCUCCGAGAAGUUUCCAUCUAAAGCCAAAGCCAUUGAUGGGCGUGGCACAGACAAGGCUGUCAUUCCACUGCCCACUGUUAAAUGGAAACCUCUUAUCCACUCUCCCUCUCGCACUCCUGUGUUGGUUGGAUCUGAGGAGUUUGAUAAAUGUCUUAGCAACGAUAAAUUCUCCUAUGAGGAGUACAGUAAUGGGGCUCUGUCUAUACUGCAGUACCCCUACGAUAACGGAUACCACUUCCCUUACAAUUCGCGGUACCGCGGCCGGCGUGAGGCGACGGCCGUGAGCAUACUGCGGCGGGACGAGGGGCAGGAGAGCCGCGUGCGGAGGAAAGAUCCGGUUCUGCUGCUCUCCUGGUGGAAAGAGAUCCUGGGCACCAUCGUCUUCUGCAUCGCCGCCACCACCUACAUCGUCCGCAAGUUCUUCCAUCCACCUGCGGCUCACGUACGGCAACGCAAGGAGUCUGAGACGCAGUGUCAGACAGACAGCAAGUUUGACUUUGAGGUCACCGAACCCAAGGAAGUGGUCGUCAUGGAGACGCGCACAACCGAAUACGUAUCCAGGUUCCUGACAGACUUUGAACCAGUGCAGUGUUUGGGGCGUGGAGGGUUUGGUGUCGUGUUUGAGGCUCGUAACAAAGUAGACGACUGUAAUUAUGCAAUCAAGAGAAUCCGUCUACCCAACAGAGAGCUUGCCCGAGAGAAGGUGAUGCGUGAGGUCAAAGCCUUGGCGAAGCUGGAACACCCUGGCAUCAUACGGUACUUUAACGCUUGGCAGGAGAGCCCGCCAGAGGACUGGCAAGAGGACAUGGACCAGCGCUGGCUCAAAGACGCCAGCGUGACGGACUGGCCUCUGAGUUCUCCUGACCACAUGGAGGCGCUCUCGGUGAAAGUUCCUGUGUCGGGAUCCACGCGCACAGACACGGCAGGACGGGACGUGGGCGUGUGCGCGGUGGAACAGGUGUGCGUGGAGGGACUGGGACCCGACAGCACGAUGUCGGAGCGGGACAGCCAGGCCGAGCCCGACCCCGACCGCGAGCUCGACGUCUCGGACUCCCCCCACUCUUUUGAGCUGUGCCCGCCUCGCGCCGUCGCCCACGGAGACUGCACCUCCUCCUCCUUCGACAUCGUCUUCGAAGACUCCGGCUGCGACCACCACGACGCGGACGCCGACGUCAACGUCGACGUGCCCGCCCAAGAGGGAGGCUCCCCCGGCUCCGACACGAAACCCCACCCCUCCCCCGUGUUAGGCCCCUCCUCCUCUUCCCCGCCCCGCCCCACCUCGCUGAGCUUGGGCCCCAGGCCCCCCAGCCCCGUGACGCGACCCCCCCUCACGCCAAAGGUGUACCUGUACAUCCAGAUGCAGCUGUGCAGGAAGGAGAACCUGAAGGACUGGAUGGCCCAGAGAUGUCAGCCUGAGCUCAGGGAUCACGCUCAGUGUCUCGCCAUCUUCCUCCAGAUCGCAGAGGCCGUCGACUUCCUCCACAGUAAAGGACUCAUGCACCGUGACCUGAAACCUUCCAAUAUUUUCUUCACGCUGGACGACGUGGUGAAGGUCGGGGAUUUCGGCCUGGUCACUGCCAUGGACCAGGAGGAGGACGAAGAGGAGAUGAGUGCCCUCACGCCUAUGCCACAUUACGCACGCCACACGGGCCAAGUGGGCACAAAGCUGUACAUGAGCCCUGAGCAGCUGUCAGGAAACUCCUAUUCUCAUAAGGUGGAUAUAUACUCUCUGGGACUCAUUCUGUUUGAGUUACUCUAUCCGUUCCGCACGCAGAUGGAGAGAGUGAGGACUCUUACGGAGGUGAGAACUCUGCAGUUUCCGCCUGCCUUCUGCAAGAACAACAUCCAAGAGGCUCAGAUGGUACGCUGUAUGCUGUCGCCCGUGCCCGCCGAGCGGCCCGAGACCUCGGAGAUCACAGAAACUGCCCUGUUUCAGGAGCUGGAGAUGCCCUGCAGGGUCCGCCAACGCUCUCGCACCUACAGCGCCUCCUCUUCAGGGCGCCCCGCCCGACCAAUCUCCACCUCCAACUCCAACUCCAGCUCCAAUUAACAUGCAGACACACACACACACACACACACACGCACAUGAGAUACAGUACUCACACACACGCAUACAACAUACAAUACACACACGCAUAUUUAACUUACAACAUCACAUUGCCAAGACGCUCAACACAAAAAACCUCCAGCUCCGGCAACACCACGAGUCAAUGUUCGUGACGUAUGAUGCGUAUAAGACAGACUUACAGCCCUCCGCUGAGGAGCGUUCCUCUACUUUUCUCCACCUGUCUUCAGUCGUUCAACUCCCUCCACUCUGCUGUUCUCCUCACUCGUGACUUUUCUGCCCCUCCCUCCUGAGGAAUACCUGUGACUUUAAUGACUCUCCACUCAACUUCAGUAGCAUUAUUCUAAAAGAGAAGAUCAGAGUACUUGUUUCCAGUUCCCAAGAUGUACUACUGUCUAGCUUUUGCUCUGUUCAGUGUUAACACACACACACACACACACACACACAUGCACACACACACACCCCCCUACACAUGCACUCACACAUACAUACGCACUCACACACACACACACACACACACAUGCUGUUUGCAGGAAGGAGCUGAGUGUUAGCUGCAAUGAAUGUAGAAUCGUUCUAGAGUGCUUCAUAAGGCUUAAUGAAUGCCAAUGUAUGGCCUGCCCUGGACCGCCACGCAGUCUGCAUGUCUUAAAAGAGGAAGUGGAGGAAGAGGUCCAGUCAGAUUCCUGUCUGGACAAAAUGUAUAAAACCUUAUUGUGCUUGAAUUACCAGAUGACAAAAGUCCUCUUGGUUUGAUGAGUUUAUUACUUCUCUAUAAUGUAAAUAGGUUUAAAAUAGCGAGGGUGGUGAGACUUGGCUUUAUUUAACAAACUGAAGGGUUUGUUUUUUUUACAGACCCUACACACAGGGAGGAAAUGAUUGCUUUACAGGUGCUAAGUGCAUCUAGCAGAGAAAAGGAGUUGUUAGAGUCAUGGCACAAACAUGCAAAAACUAUCUGGUUCAACUGGGUAGUUAGCAUGAUCUCCCUUAAGUUUUAGAGAAGAAAUAGUUUUGAAUACGGUCAGUAUAAAAUGAGUUGAGUUUCUCUCAAAUGAAACAGCUUGGAAAUCAAGCAGCAGCUUCUGUUCAUUUUUUUCAGUAAGGAUGUAAAGAUUUUUACUGUAACAUAUUUAGAUCUGUAAGCACCAAAAAAACUGUAGCUGUAUCUCUGGUUAUGUUUUUUUUUUUUUUUUUUUCUAUUUCCUAUUGUAUAGAUUUGAAGUUUUAUCAGCAGAGUUUCAGUGAUGAGUGUUCAAUCAAAACCUGAAAUCAUUAAGAGAUGGAUACAGUCUAGAGGAAUCACUUCAACCAAAUAUCCAACACACACACACACACACACACUUUAAAUGUAACAUAUGAAGUAAUGAUUGAUUGUAAUUUUUUUUUCUCAAGAGUUUUGAUGGAGUCUGAUGUAGGUUUUUUUUGUAUAUGAUGAAAAUUUCUGUAACGAAUUUCUACAUAACCUUUCGAUUUUCUAUGUAAGUUCUUUUUUUCCUAAGACUUGCUUAAAGACUUGAUGAGCCGUGAACCCAAACGUUGACAUGUGGACACAGAACGGAUCUCUAUAGAGACAUAAUAAUCUCCGUGGUGACUUAAUGAAUUGCCAUGGUGAGCUGAAGGAUAUCCAUGGAGACUGAAUGCAUAUGACCCUGUGUGUUAUAAAAAUGCCGUUAACAGCACUGGGUGCCUCUGCCAUUUAAGGAGUUGCUUCUGGUCGUGUCCGAGUGUGUGUGUGUAUGUGUGUGUGUGUGUGGAGACAAAGAGAGAGAGAGAGUAAAAGCGUGCGUAGGCUGAACUGUGAGCCGUGUUCUGUACAGACCAUACUGCUGCCAGAAGGACAUGGGUAUACUGGUGACCUCUGACCCCCCCCCUAAUCACGCCUCGCAGAUCUGAGCAGUACCCACCAUCCUUCACAUGAGAUCAGGGACCUAUUCAUUAACCCACGACCCUUAACCUUUGAUCUAGAGCCGUGUAGCUGACCCCAUGAAUCUAGUUGGUUCACAGUGUAUUCCUCCACGUCAGUGUCUUUGUGAUGUUUGAGUCACAGUAAGACAAAAAGCACCCGCUGGGGUUCCCCUGUUUCAUCUCUUCUGGUGUUUUAUAAAGUAUAAUGGAACUAUAACUCCGACACUUCUCUUCCGAUGUUUUUCAGUCAGUUAUCUACCAACUUACCCCUGGGUCCUCAUCACAAGCUAAGGCUCUCUGUAUGGGGUUUUGUGUCAUUAACUGCCGAGUUUAAGAUCAUUUUUAGUCAACCUGCAGUGUUUUGAUUAGUUUGUGUUAGUUUAUUUUUACACAGAUUCUGUGUUUUCCUCCUCUGAUUAGUAAUGACUGUUGUUCUGUAACUGUUCUGGUGUCCAACUUCCGAGUUCUGAACUGAUUUCACUUGGCUUUACCCAUUCCUCUUCUCUGCACUCUUGUAAAUGCACAGUCCUUUAGCCACCCCCCCCCCCCAUGUAAAUAUGUUUAUUUGUUUUUAUUUAUGUUUAUUGCAAAAAACAAAAAAAAAACAAUCCGUUUGGGUUGGUGGUGAUAUAAAUGAAUGCACUCCAUCCAAUGAGGUGCAUUGGAAUAUUGUGACUUCUUACA